UAUAAAUAUCACGUUAAUAGACUCACAUUCGAUAUGAAUGGUGAGACUAUCAGAAUAUCAUUCGUCGCAAUCAGUAGAUUAUUUUCAACCGUUUAAAAGUACUAUCGAGAUACGCCCAACGAGAGAAAACUACUUUGACUUACCAGCGCAGUCAAAGAUGAAUCGUUGGAUCCUUCUCGCAGCAUUAGCUGCUUUGGCUUCCGUUGCACAAGCUAAUACGGACAAGAUCGUGUGCUACUUUGGUAGCUGGGCCGUUUACCGCCCAGGACAAGGUAAAUUCGAUGUUGAAGACAUCGACCCGACUCUUUGUACCCAUCUCAUCUUCUCCUUCAUCGGGUUGGCCGAAACUGGCCAUGUGAGAGUCUUGGACUCAUGGAAUGAGCUCUCAGAUAAUUAUGGUAAAGGCGCUAUAGGCAGAUUCGUCAAGCUUUGCAAGAACACCGAUACCAAGUGUCUCAUCGCCAUGGGUGGAUGGAACGAGGGAUCCGCCAGAUAUUCCACAAUGGCCGCCAGUCCGGCGCUCCGUAAGAAUUUCGUCGAAAGUACCAAGGACUUCUGUCUGAAACACGGAUUUGACGGUCUGGACUUGGACUGGGAGUAUCCCAAUCAACGUGGCGGCAAACCAGAAGACAAAGAUAAUUUCUCGAUCUUACUCAAGGAAACCAAAGCUGCAUACGCACCACACGGAUUGCUCCUUACUGCCGCCGUGGGUGCCGCUGAAUCUUCCGCCUCUCAAUCUUAUGACAUUGCCGAAAUCUCCAAGCAUUUGGACUUUAUCAAUAUAAUGUCGUACGAUUUACACGGUUCAUGGGAGAAGCAAACCGGACACAAUGCUCCGCUUUAUCCACGCACGGGCGAGACCGGAAACGAUCUUAAGCUCAAUGUCGACGAAUGUGUGAAUUAUUGGUUGAACAACGGUUGCCCGCCCCACAAACUGAUCGUCGGUGUGCCAUUCUACGCCAGAACGUUCACCCUCGCCGACAGGACCAAGACCGGACUUGGAGCUCCUACGACCGGACCCGGCACCGCUGGACAAUGGACUCGCGAGAAUGGAAUGUUCGGCUACAACGAGAUCUGCGUUGCCUUGAAGCAGGGCGGAUGGACCGUUGUCCGUGAUAAGGAGCAUCGCACCCCGUACGCUUAUAAGGACAAUCAAUGGAUGGGCUACGAUGACGUAACCUCUCUCAUGGAGAAGACUGACUAUAUUAAGAAAAGGGGUCUCGGCGGUGCGAUGAUGUGGAGUAUCGAAACUGACGACUUUAAUGGCUUGUGCGGUGAGAAGUAUCCCUUACUUAAAACAUUGAACGCUGGCAUAAGAGGAACAAUACCGCCACCACGGCCUAACCCUGAUCCGACCGACAAACCGCAAACGGAACGACCACCAGUGACCCAGCCACCAACCGCAAUUCCCGGUGGCGUUUGCAAGAAGGAAGGUUUCGUGAGAGAUGAUAAAGAUUGUAGCGUGUUUUACCAAUGCGUUAACAAUCAUGGUACACUAGAACCACAUAAAUUCAACUGUGCGCCAGGGCUGGUCUUUAAUACCAAAAUCAACGCUUGCGAUUUUAAAGACAAUGUUCAGGAUUGCCCAAAAUAAACGAUUGGACGAUGCUAUAUAACGAUGGACCGCAAACGGAACAACCACUAACGACGCAACCACCCGCAAUUCCCAGUAGCGUUUGCAAGAAGGAAAGUUUCAUGAAAGAUAAACGACGACAGCAAUGCUUGUACUUGAUACACCCUGUACAAGAUAAAAAAAAACAAAUAUCUUUUUAAAUUCUGUAUUACGUAUGUAAAUAUUAUAAUUAAAUAUAUCUUCAUGUUCAA